AUGCGUUUGCCGCGCCUCAUCAGAUGCGGUGCUCGUCUCUCUUGGUUCUUGGUGCUGGUCAAAACACCAACUACUCCCGACACCAUCCGCAAAGCUUCUCUCCUCUUCACUCUUUGUCCACUGUUCGAGCAAGCCUCGAUCCUCCAUCUCGAGCCCAAUCUAUCCAUUAUGGCAUUCUUCUUCGUCGUGGGAACCAAGGACUUCACCAGUCCCUUGAAGGGCUAUGAAGGAAUUACUGCUCAGUGUCACAACUGUGGAAACUGGUCGGCGCAUCCGAUUCAGUCUUGGGAUUGGUUCACCUUCUGCUUCGUCCCUGUUAUCCCUCUUGGAGGCAAACACAAAGAUCUCGCCUGCUCCAUCUGCCGCUUCCGUCAAGAUUUGAGAAAUCGACCCGAUGUAAUGUCACAACAAGGUCAAGGCCCAAUGAUGCCUCCCCAACAAGGACCUCCGCAAGGUUGGGGUGGUCCGCCUCCCCCGGGACAAGGACCACACUAUAAGUGA